AUGUGCCCCAGAUAAAUCCCCUGAUAACCCAGGAAGCAGAGAUCACACCAAACCAUAUAAAAGACAAGCUUCGAAAGAGAGAGGAUAGGAGAAAGAAGAGAGAGACCAGAAGAGCCAUCUCAGAAGAAACAGCUUGAACCUCCCCUAUUCCCAACGAACCCAGCGCCAUGGACACUAGAGGCUCAUUUUCCUGUGGUUUCCUCUUGCUGCUUCUUGUCCAGCUGCAGCCCAACAGGGCCAACCCCAUCUACAACCUCAGCCCUGCCAAAGAACUGGCCAGCAUGGAGGCUCUUCUGGAGAGACUGGAGGAUAAGUUUGCACUGAUUGAAGCUCUGGAGUCCAAUCCUGACCUGCAAGAGCCCCAAACCCAAGAGGAGAUUCCACCAGAACUCAUAGAUGACAACGAUGAGCAGAAAGCUGAACCCAAUCUAAGAUCCAGCACUCCUCUGUCCUACAGGAACCCCUUCCUCAAGAGACUGAGGGGGGUGCAGAUGCCCCGGAUGAUGAGAGAUUCUGGCUGCUUCGGCAGAAGAAUCGAUAGGAUUGGCUCCCUGAGUGGAAUGGGUUGCAAUGGUUCCAGGAAGAAUUAGGACCACUUCACCCUGAAGAAUGCUUCGCAGAACCCGUUCCUCCCAAGAUGAAAGCUCGUCAACAGAAAGUUAUUCCUAUUUUUAUUUAUUUAUUUAUUUAUUUAUUUGAUCUCUCUCUUUUUCUUAAUAACAUUUCUUACUCUGGCACCGUGAGACCAUCUUUAAAUAAAACUAACACGUAAGAUAUCUAUGCUGGAACCUCUCUCCUGUCUGUUGCAUUAAAAUUUCUUGUAUUUUCCUAAAGUCAAAAGCCUACGUUUUAUUGGUACUCUGGUACCCGCAAGGCUGGAUCUCACUUACACAAGACCAAGAAAGUAUGAAGCUGGGAAAAUGAGAAUGAGUUUUUCCCUAGAUUUUUGCUCUCUACACUAAGAAAUUAUAACAGAUGAGCAGGAGAAAAAAAACAAAAAAAAGCUUGCUCAACACUGGAAGACCCACAAGAGUAGAUGUAGUUUCAGUAACAAGAAAGUCCUUUUGCUGAUACAGAUUACUCAGUCAACGCAGCUGCCACUCCACUGCCACACAUCCCUCAUGUGAGCAAAAUUUACAAGAAAAGAAGUAAAAAUUGAAGCAAAACUCCACAAGUUAGAAGCUAACUAGAGGGAGGAAAGGGAAUUCAUUGUAUAUGCUUUCUAGCACUGACCAAAUAAAGGCUAUAAGCAUCAACAGAAAGAUA